UGCCUUUAAUGUUUCCCAUGGCUUCUUGUACGAACGAAUUUUUUAGCAAAUCCAUGGCUCAUUCUACAUCAUCUCAAAUAAGUGGGUCUUCAGCAUCUCCCGUGGUUUUGGCAUCUUCGACUGAGUCUGA